AACACGCGACUCUUGGACCAAUUAUGUUCAAGACUUUCACCCUGAUGUGAGUGAUCCGGGAAUUCUAUUUCAAUUCUCCUCAUUAGUUUUAUCCAAUUACGAGUUUUUGUGGUGAGAAUGAAACUUUAAUGGUGUGGUGAGGAUGAAUGCUUUCAAUGAAAUAUCAUCUGGGGAGCCCGAGCAAGAUGCCAAUUCAGCACUCAUCGAACUUGACAAGGGUCUUCGCUCCAAGCACAAUGGAGAACGCUGCGAGGCGAUUGUCCGUUUCCCCCGUCUCUUCGAGAAAUAUCCCUUCCCCAUCCUCAUCAACUCAGCCCUCCUGAAGCUCGCCGAUGUAUUCCGCCUGGGCUGUAACUUCCUCCGAGUCUGGGUGCUGCGUGUAUGCCAGCAAAGCGAGAGACAUCUCGACAAGAUCCUCAACGUCGAUGAGUUCGUAAAACGAAUCUUCUCCGUGAUUCACUCCAACGAUCCAGUCGCCCGUGCCCUCACCCUGCGCACCCUGGGUUCAGCAGCAUCUAUCAUCCCCGAGCGUCAGCAGGUCCACCACAGCAUUCGUCGUGCCCUAGACUCCCAUGACUCCGUGGAAGUCGAGGCAGCGAUCUACUCCGCAAGAAUGUUUGCAUCGCAGUCCAAGCUCUUCGCAGUCUCCAUGUGCAGUAAAAUCUCAGACAUGAUCAGGGGACAGGCGACCCCGGCGUCAAUGAAGCUCCAGCUAAUUCCAAUUCUCCAGUACAUGCACCACGACACCUCCACCGCGUCGAUGGUGAACGAGCUUUGCAUGGAGCUUCUCGCGAGUUAUCCAGCAGUGGAGUUCGUCAGGGUGACCCUAUCAGCGAUGAACACCCUGGCCUCAGCGACGCUCAUCAACGUGCCCACCCAAGUGGGCCUUCUCCUGACGUACCUUCGAGACGAUCCCCGAACCUCCAUCAAACGGCACUCCCUGAAGCUCCUCUUGGACUUAGCGAGGAGAGGGGUUCACCUGUGGCCUCGUGGAGCCCUUGACAACCUCGUGGACUUCACCCUGACGUCGAGGCUCGCCAUUGUCGAGAACGGAAACGACAAAAGCGAUCUUCUGCUUAGAACUCUGGACGUGAUAGAGGUGUUGAGCCAGAGUGCCAUCACCUGCGAUGCAAACAUGGAGGAGAAUAGCCGCCUAGCGUCCCUCUGCAUUGACGCCUGCUACUCCCAUAAUCCUCUGGUAGCUGUCAAGGCCGUGACAGUCCUCACGAGAAUCGCCUGCUACUGCUACGACGAGGGUCUUCCAGUCAACAACAUCCAGCACAUCAUCUCGUGUCUGGAAUCGUUGAUAGUUCUGCUCGCGGUGGACGCUAAUGACGCCAAAAAUCUGUACCAAUUGAAGCUGUGCUUGGUGUCUACUGUGAAGCUGUGCCAGGCACAUCCUGGACAUGCACCAGUCUUCGUGGAUGCUAUAGGCACGACUCUGAUGAACACUCAGUCGGAUUCAGCUCAGGAGGAGAAGAAACAGACUGCCAGUGUUUUGUGUGAGGCACUGGGGGCCAUUGGAAGCUUUGGAGAUAAUGUCCUGCUGCCUCUUCUGCCAGAUGUCCUGGAGAAGAUCAAACAGCCGUUGGACGUUGACACGCGAGUGAUGCUCUGUACUAUUCUGUUUCAAACGGUCGCUGGGGGGUACGAGUGGAAUGACGAGUGUCUGAAUGCUGUUGAAAGUGUCAUUCAGGCGGUGGAUGGAUGGGCCAAGUACAGGAUAGGAAGAGGUGCUGCGAGAUACGGGCACCAUAAAAUCGCAGCGAAAAUCUUCAAAGGACUUCGAGAAUCCGUCGCCGCUGAGCAGCUCCACUUCUGGCUGUCGGGUCUCGAGUUGAUGACCAGCGCUGAGAGCUACCUCGAGGAGAACAAGAACGAGUCAAGGAUCCAGCGGAAAAUUAGUGUCCUCGAGAGGUUGAACGGCGCGAUAUCAAGGUACGCAAGUGCCUGUGCAGCACUCAAAGCUGCAUGUGCACCCGUCAAGAGUCUCCAGUUCGCCAUUGAAUACGCCAAGAUCCGGGGUGAGUAUCUCCAGGCAUUGGCGCAGCUGGUCCACUCCUGCAGGUCCCUCUGUACCUCUCCACCCCCCGCCAUUGCGAGAUCAAUUGCUGAAGUGACGAGUGACAAACUCCAGAUUUAUGGAAGAGUGACUUAUCAACUCAGAAAGUCCGCCAAGGACUUCAGAAAUUGCGCCGAGAGCUAUCACAAGCUCUAUCAGUCCGCCUUCGAUGCUGAUCAGGGGAGUUUGAAUAAUAUUAAGGCACUCCAGGAAGUCUGCAGGGUGAUGGCAAACUCUGUUGAGAAGGUUUGUAUGAGCUCCAAUGCCAGUGCUUAUCACAGGGGAAAUGAGACUCUGGAUUUCUCCUUCGGGGAGUCAGUGGAGAUGAGGCAGUUGGCCAAGUGUUGUGGCGAGGUAAGGAGGCUGGCACCUGAUGGCCAGGGGGAGGACCAGGUCAUCACUCAUCCCAGUGUGGAGGCACUCAUCUCCCAGGUGGUGCUGUUGGCUGGUGGAAAGGUGAGACUUCCCAUGCCCAGGUACUUCUUCCAGGCACUUCAGGCCACUGUCGUCAAACUCUCGGUGUCACCACAGCCCAGGGUCCUCGGGGAGCCUGUCUGCGUGCCUCAGGGCUCACAACUCGCUCUGAAGAUCGAGGGCGUCCUGAGACAUGACAACAAGUCACUCUUCAGAUCUGUCGCUGCUGUUUGCAUUUCCAUUUCUACGUCUCCACCUUCUAAGAUCAAUUCUGAGUACAAGGGAAAUGGGGAGGGAUUGAAUGGGGGUGGUGAAUUGCAGCAGACAGUUAUACCUCACAGGGAUUUCUUUGCCUGUGAGUUCCUGUUGUCUUUGGGAAAUUCGGGGGGAGGUGGAAAUUCCGGGUGCGCUGGGGCGUCAGGAAGCUCGGCAGGAGGGAACAGCUCUGGGGCUAAUCAGUUUCAGGUCACUGCCAGUGCCAACAUUCUGGAUAAGGACGGGAAUAUCUGGAAGUGCGGACCCAAGUCUACCCUGCAGGUGCGGGUGCAUGAGGAUGGAACGGCCAAACGAAAAUUGCCGUAGGGGGCGGGGGAGACUUGGAGGAAAGUGUGGGGUGCUGUGGGGCACUGCAGGGCGUUCCUAACGUAUCAUUCUGAAAGAAUUCUCUGGAAUUUUUGGAUAUGAGUUUCAUUGCAAGAUUUUUUUAUUGAAGAAACCGAUGAAUCUGCACAAAUUUGAUGAAAAAUAUUUGACAGGUUGUUAAUUAGAACAAUCAUCAGAGUCUAGUUGAUUGAAGAGACCUUUGGUGGGACGUCAUCCAACAGAUGUUGUUAAUUGCUUAUGACUCGCCCAUUUCCAAUGACUUUUAAAAAUAAAAAAUACGUGUUUAUUUUCUAUCUGACAUUCAUGCAAUGACCAGCAUAUGCAGUGAAUCCAUAGAAUUCCGUUCAGAAUCAUAGAAUCAGCGUCUACGACGCCUCUCCGAAUAUUUCUACGCAAUUUGUUCAGCCUUAAUGAGCUUUUGAGAGCGAAACGAUAGUAGUUUAUUCAUAUUUUUCAUUUUUAAUGAGCAGGGCGUAGAAAAUAGUAUUUUGUAAUUAGUUUGAUCACUUUAUCAAGAACAAUUUGUACAGAGUGUCCAUAAAUAAUAUUUUUAAAUGGAAGAAUUCCAUGAGGUUAUUAUGCUUAAUUAUUGAUGACUAUGAGCUGCCAUUUUUACAACUUUACAACUUUUGCAGAGUCAAGCAAAAUGGAAACUUUUGAUUUAUUUAAAAAUCUUCAAUACCUCAUUCGAGUAUUGAGAAAAUGGAAUGUUUUUAAAGUUAAUGAGACUUUCUACUCUCAUCGAAAAGGGCCCAUUUUACUCCACCUACGCUUAUCCUCUCGAAUAUAUUUAAAAAUACAAAAAUCUUUCAGGAAUAACAGAUAUUUAUAGAUUUAUAACAGAAACGUAUAAAAACCAACAAGAUUUCCCUCGUAAAUAUCGAUACCAAAGAAGUAACAACUCUAUAAAAAGUAUUUUUUACUUGUAAAUUGUGCAUAUGUUGCAGUCGUGAAGUAUAAAUCACUUUUAAAAAUAUUAUGCAUAUUCUGUUCAGCUUCGCAUGAACUGCAUCUGUUAAAAUCUAGAUCUUCCAUAGAUAAUGUACCGGCUAGAAGCAUGAAGUUUUAAACAUAACAAGGUGUCUAGUAGAAAUAGUAAAUCGUCUAUUUCCACUAGUACUAAAAAAUAAAAAAUAAUACGCCCGAGAAAACAAAAUUACCGGCGACGUGGUGAAACGUAACAAGUCGAUUUCAUAUUUAGUGUGGUAUAAAAUCGUAGGAUAAAUUUAAAUAGCUUGUAAUCAUCUUGCUGAUUAGAUUUUGUGGCAAAAGAA